AUGCUGUAUCAUUUGAAUAUGUUAUCCACAUUGCAAUGUUUUGAAAUGCGGGCGUUUAUUUGGAAGGUUUCCUCAUUACGGUACGAAAGUUACGUCAUUUUUUGGCUCGGUCUCAGUAAGAUCAGUCAGUCAAUGUUCGGAUCAGCACCCUGCGUACUGGAUAUAAGACACGACAUUAAUUACAUCUCACUAAGCUAACAGGAGCAAUUAGCCGUCUGCUGGAGAGAACCAGGACAACACUACUCCACUUUUAGGCCUGAAUAGGUAGGAGGGCUGUGUCUGGUAAGCGUUACAGGGGGAGUAGCUGACCUUCAUGCUGAGAGGUCACGGAGGAGAAGACCCAUGGAUGAUGGUCAGUGUGAGAGGGAGGGGCCAGUGUUGUCUGAGUAUCAGGAGGGUGGGGUCGACCUCCACUGCAACCAAUCAGACCCCUCCGAACCAAAUCAAAACCUAAACCAGAACCGGACACCGACUCAACUAGAUGAUGGUCAGAGGGUUGGACGAGACUUCAUCCAACAGAAGUCUUUAAACAACAAUGUGGAGGAUGAGGAGGAGGAAGGUAGAACGGUGAAGGGAGAGGAAGAUGGGGAUGAGGAUGAUGUGAUUGUGGAAGAAGAGGAGGAGGUCAGCAGCGUGACUCGCGGCCAAUCACACGACACUCCUAUGACUGACUGUUCCUUCUCGGACACAGACAGUCCGGUAGAGCUCCGGCCCUCUGUGUCUCCAGAGACUACAGAUCCCAUCAGCUCCCAAGCAACAAGUCCAGACGAACCCUGCUACAGUGACCCUGCGGGCGAGACACACACCCCCACCACAGGACCCACUACUUCCACUUCAGAACCUACCACCUCCACCACAAGCCCUACCUCCACCACAGGACCUACCACCUCCACCACAGGCCCCACCUGCACCACAGGACCUACCACCUGCACCACAGGACCUACCACCUGCACCACAGGACCUACCACCUCCACCACAGGCCCCACCACCUCCACCACAGGCCCCACCACCUCCACCACAGGCCCCACCACCUCCAUCACAGGCCCCACCACCUCCAUCACAGGCCCCACCACCUCCAUCACAGGCCCCACCACCUCCACCACAGGCCCCACCACCUCCACCACAGGCCCCACCACCUCCACCACCUGCACCACAGGACCUACCACCUGCACCACAGGACCUACCACCUGCACCACAGGACCCACCAUUUCCACCACAGGCCCAACCACCUCCACCACAGGCCCCACCUGCACCACAGAACCUACCACCUCCACCACAGGCCCCACCUGCACCACAGGACCCACCAUUUCCACCACAGGACCCACCAUUUCCACCACAGGCCCCACCACUUGCACCACAGGCCCCACUUGCACCACAGGUCCCACUUGCACCACAGGACCUACCACCUGCACCACAGGCCCCACCUGCACCACAGAAACCACCAUUUCUACCACAGGACCUACCACCUCCACGGCAGAGCCUAUCCCUAGUCUUGCCCUCCUGGCCACCUUAAAGGAGUUAGGGGAACGGGGAGAUCACUCCCACCUGCCUCAGUACCUCCAUCAGGUAGCCGAGGCCUUUGUCCUCCAGGAAGAUUAUGAGCGAGCAGUGUGGUGUGUUCAGCUAGAGAGACUCUACCACCAGAGACUACUAAACAACCUGACAACACUGCAGGAACAGUGGGGUAACACACACAUUCUCUCUCUCUCUCUCUCUCUCACUCACUCACUCACUCACUCACUCACUCACUCACUCACUCACUCACUCACUCACUCACUCACUCACUCACUCACUCACUCACUCACUCACUCACUCACUCACUCACUCUCUCUCUCUCUUUUCUCUCUCUCUCUCUCUUUUCUCUCUCUCUCUCUCUCUCUCUGUGUUCAGCCAUUGGAAGUCUCAUUAUGCAUCCCACCCUUUCUCUCACCCUCAAACCUUCUCUCCUCCUUGGGUGUGUUUGUGCCUCUCUCCCUCCAACCUUCUGUUGUUCCAGAGAGGCGGUGUGGGGCCGACGGCCGCGGAGAGAGGAACAGUGCCACUGACCUGACGGCACAGCAGCUGGACAUACUCACACACAUCUGCAAAACACACCAACGACCCAGUCCUGGAGAAGAGAAGACUGUGGACUCUGUGCUGGAGAGCCCUGUUCGUGGUGAGGACAGACUGCCUGCAUGCCGCUCAGUUCGGUUAUUUGAGUGUUUGUUGGGGAUGGAGGAGGACCAGAGAGGAACAGACUCCACCCUCUCCCAGAGCAUCAACCCAAUCAAAUCAGCCGGAGCCCUGAAGGACAGCCUCAGCUCCAAUGACUGUGCAGCUCUGGGUGUGGCACAGGACUGCAGAAACUCCCAGGGGAUUGGGAGGGCUGAGUUCACAGAUUCUCGGAGCGAAGGAACGGGUCAGCAGACGGAGAGUGAGAUGGAACACACCACUCAGGCGGGUUGCACUACGCCGGACCGCCCUAUGGAUGGGGAAAUGAGCCAACCCAAGCAUGAGGAGCAGCAGGGAGGAGAGGAAAAACAGGAGGAGGUGGAAGAGGCAGAGGAGGCCUUGGCAUUAGAGGAAGAGGAGAAAGAGGCGAAGAGAGAUGGUGUUGAUUGUUUAAAAGUUAGAAUGAACCAGAUCUCAGCCUUAGCAGUGAAGGAGCAGCUCACACUGGAGGAGGCCCAGCUGCGCGAGGAGGCCCAGCUGCGCGAGGAGGCCCAGCUGCGCGAGGAGGCCCAGCUGCGCGAGGAGGCCCAGCUGCGCGAGGAGGCCCAGCUGCGCGAGGAGGCCCAGCUGCGCGAGGAGGCCCAGCUGCGCGAGGAGGCCCAGCUGCGCGAGGAGGCCCAGCUGCGCGAGGAGGCCCAGCUGCGCGAGGAGGCCCAGCUGCGCGAGGAGGCCCAGCUGCGCGAGGAGGCCCAGCUGCGCGAGGAGGCCCAGCUGCGCGAGGAGGAGUAUGAUAUGUUUGGAGUGGACAUGGUGGAGACUAUCAGAGACCGGGUGGCUUCUCUGGACGACCUGGCCAAACGCAUCACAGUGGAGGAGAUGACCCCUGUCCCUGGCCUUGUGUCCAUCCUGAAGAGGAGGAGUGUGUGUGUGGAGGAUGUGUGUGUGGCUCCCUUCUCGGCCCCACUCAAACACAAACACCCUGCUAAACGCAGGGUCCGCUUCAAAGUACCUGAUGACGGCUUUGACCACGACGAGGUGGGCGGAGACUCCUGCCUGCUCCUCUUCUUGCUUUGCCUGGUCACCGUGGUGAUCAGCCUGGGAGGCACCGCCCUCUACUGUGCCCUGGGCGACGCCCAGUCCACUGUCUGCACCGACUUCUCCCGUAACGCUGACUUCUACCUCGCACAGCUGCAUCGUGGGAUGGAUCAGCUCCAAAACUGGCUAACCCCCGCGUCUUAGCUGACCCCCAAGCGGAGAGGAGAAGAGAGGGGGAGGAGAAGAGAAAUGUGGGGAGGGAAGGAAAGGAGAGGGGGAAAAGAAGGGGACAGAGGAGGAAAACUCCCUCGUUUUGCAGAGUGGAUACUCGCCUCUCUUUAUGUUCUGCCCUGUUUUAAUCUCUCUCUCUCUGUCAGUCUUUCUGUCUUUACUGGCUGGCCAGUUAAAGUGUGUUUAUGUGUGGCGGGAGAGAGAGAGUGAUUGAACGACGUGUGUGUCUGUGUGGUACUGGUAGGCUGCAUCCACACUAACAGUUCCCUAAGACAUCUGCAGUGCUGCCUAGUAGGACUGACCUAGGACCUGUAGUAUACUGGACUACCCAUAGACGUCAACUGUACACUACUGGAAGUGGACUGACUCGAAGUCAGCCCAGAGAAAUGGAUAAUACUCAUUACCACUGACCUUGAACCUGCUCACUACUACAUGGACCUGUUCUCUGGGUCCUUCAGGCAUGGACAGAACUGCUCACCUGCACAAACAGGAAGUGCUUGUGUAGCCAUUUCAGAAACCGGCACAGCUCUGUGUUUACUGCCGCCAUUUUAUAUCUUAUCUACACCUCAAAAAUAUGAACAAUUCUGCUGUGGUCAGAAACAAGAAAUAAUGUCUUUAAAAUAAUCUUCUAAUAAUUCAUGUUUUGUUGUAAUGAAACAGAUUUUUACUUUCCUUGCCGUUCCUCACUAUUGAGUAUUUUUAUGUUGAAGGUAGGGUGUUUCUUUGGGCUAAGGAUAGAAGUUGCCCCGAAUCACAGAUCUAAGAUCAUAUCUUAACCGUAUCCUCAACCAGGAGGGGGAUGAAAUAUCUGACCCUGUAUCAGUGGAUAGGGGAAACUGCUACCCCUUCUGUUUAUUGGGUUGUUUUGGGGUACAGAUAGUUCAGCCUGAUUGUAGCAUUGGUCCCUUGAUGACCCUUGUGCGUCAGACAGAGAUAUAUGCAACAUGGACAAGAAAGCAAUACAUGUGUGUUAAAGAAUGUUAUUUUAUUUUGUUCUUUAAAAAAAGAAAAUGUAAACACCUUUUCUCCCCAAUUUCGUGGUAUCUAAUUGGUAGUUACAGUCUUGUCUCAUCGCUGCAACUCCCGUACGGACUCGGGAGAGGCGAAGGUCGAGAGCCGAGCGUCCUCUGAAACACAACCCAACCAAUGCCUGCUUAACCCGGAUGCACCUGCCAACUGUGUCAGCGUGCACUAUACCCGGCCCGCCACAGGAGUCGCUAGUGCGCGAUGGGACAAGGACAUCCCUGGCGGCCAAACCUUCCCCUAACCCGGACGACGCUGGGCCAAUUGUGCGCCGGCUGCGACAGAGCCUGGACUCUAACCCAGAAUCUCUAGAGGCACAGCAAUGCAGUGCCUUAGACCACUGCACCACUCCGUGAGGCCUGCGCAGGCAUAUCUAUAUAUUUAUCUUUAUUGUCAAGUAAUUAUGGGCAUCAUCAUGGGAUUGUCAUAAUCAGUCUUACCCCAGUUCAUUACCUCCUGCGAUCAAUGGACUCAAUAGAUUUUUUUUUACAUGUACAUUUUUUAUUUGUGCUUUUUUCCCCCGGACUUCUAGUCUAUUUAAUCAAUGAGCUGUUACAUUUUUUUGUGACAGUUUGUGGAAAUGCACAAAGUCAGUGUGUCUUAGUUUCGUUAUGAAAAGUUCUGUAGAUGUGGAUCAUUUGAUGAUGCACGCUGGGCAGUGACUCUCAGGCUACAUCCCAACUGUCAAGUGGCUUCCUCUCCUCGUCUACUCUCCUUCCUCUCCUCCCUCUUCUCAUCUACUCUCCUUCCUCUCCUCCUCUACUCUCCUCCCUCCCCUCAUCUACUCUCCUUCUUCUCAUCUACUCUCCUCCCUCUCCUCCUCUACUCUCCUCCCUCUCCUCGUCUACUCUCCUUCCUCUCCUCCCUCUAAUCAUCUACUCUCCUUCCUCUCCUCCUCUACUCUCCUCCCUCUCCUCGUCUACUCUCCUUCCUCUCCUCCCUCUUCUCAUCUACUCUCCUUCCUCUCCUCCUCUACUCCUCCUCUACUCUCCUCCCUCUCCUCGUCUACUCUCCUUCCUCUCCUCCUCUACUCUCCUCCCUCUCCUCAUCUACUCUCCUUCUUCUCCUCCCUCUUCUCAUCUACUCUCCUCCCUCUCCUCCUCUACUCUCCUCCCUCUCCUCAUCUACACUCCUUCCUCUCCUCCCUCUUCUCAUCUACUCUCCUUCCUCUCCUCCUCUACUCUCAUCCCUCUCCUCAUCUACUCUCCUUCUUCUCCUCCCUCUUCUCAUCUACUCUCCUCCCUCUUCUCAUCUACUCUCCUCCCUCUCCUCCUCUACUCUCCUCCCUCUCCUCAUCUACUCUCCUUCUUCUCCUCCCUCUUCUCAUCUACUCUCUUCCCUCCUCAUCUACUCUCCUUCCUCUCCUCCCUCUUCUCAUCUACUCUCCUUCCUCUCCUCCCUCUUCUCAUCUACUCUCCUCCCUCUCCUGCUCUACUCUCCUCCCUCUCCUCAUCUACUCUCCUUCCUCUCCUCCCUCUUCUCAUCUACUCUCCUUCCUCUCCUCCUCUACUCUCCUCCCUCUCCUCAUCUACUCUCCUUCCUCUCCUCCCUCUUCUCAUCUACUCUCCUCCCUCUCCUCCUCUACUCUCCUCCCUCUCAUCUACUCUCCUUCCUCUCCUCCCUCUUCUCAUCUACUCUCCUUCCUCUCCUCCUCUACUCUCCUCCCUCUCCUCAUCUACUCUCCUUCCUCUCCUCCCUCUUCUCAUCUACUCUCCUUCCUCUCCUCCUCUACUCUCCUCCCUCUCCUCGUCUACUCUGAUCUGAAAACACAAGACCGGUGAAACCAACAGCAAAAUAUAAUCAUAUUCAGAUCUGUUGUAAAAUACACAAUAAACUGUAGAUACAUUAAUUAGCUUGGAAGAAUGCCAGGAGAUUCACUUUAGUCUCUUGUACUUUCAGAGGUGUGCAGACAGGAAGAGGCAGAGGCAGACAGGAAGCCACUGUAGACUAUUGAGGAUGCAGUCUUGUUUUUUUUAAUUUUUAUUUUCACUCGUCCUCUGGCUGGUUCAGAUGACUAUCUUACUUUUGGAAUCUGAAGUAUUUAUAUCAUAUCUGCACAAUGUAGGGGGAGAGAAAACAAACGAUCAAAUCUAAUCCUUACGUGCAUGUCUUUAUCUGUUUUUUCUCUAGUUUUGGCUUGAUGUGGGUAUCGUAGAUUCAUUUUUUUCAUGUUUGUCAUCGUGUUUUAGAUCUGUCUUUACAGUCUGGAGGGAUUACUGUGUGGUGGGUACUUUUAAACACCUGUUUCUCUCUGAUGAUAAUAAACCUUAUUGUGGGGA